CAAAAAAAUUUAGCCCAGAAACUCAAACUUAGAAAACCGCAACAGUCACAAGAGAAAACCGUAACAGUCAAGUCAGCCGUAAACUGUGAAAUGAACUCUCUGCUAAACCCCCAGACGCCGUUCGACUCCUCCGCCCACGACGACUUCCUCGAGCAAAUGCUCUCCACCCUCGGCCCCUCCUCCUGCUCCUCCUGGGCCGACGAAACCCCUACGGCGCCGCCGUCCGCCGGUAACAGCGACAACAAUGUCGUCUUCUCUUACGACGACUCUUCCAACCUCGCCUCCAAGUUCCGCAGCCACCAGAUCAGCGCCGGCGCCGCAGCGUCCAAGUCCUCCCCCACUGCCUCGGCCGCAGCCGCCGCCGCCAUGAUGCUCCAGCACCAGCUCAUGAUGUCCCGUGGCGGCUCCUCCUCCUCCGGCAACGGCGCUCCGAUGGGGUUGUCGUUGGGGAGCAACGGUGACUUCAACGAUGUUGGUGACGGCUCGUCGUUUAAAUCUCCUAAUCCGGGCGGUGGUGACGGUGGUUCUUCUGUUCAGGCCUUGUUUAAUGGCUUUACUGGAUCUCUGUCUCCGAACCAGCCUCAGCAUUUUCAUCACCCUCAGGGGGGUGCACUUCAAGCGCAGAACUAUGGAGCUCAAGCCGCAGCCAUGACCCAACCUCCGGCGAACGGCUCGGCCGGAGCUUCGGCUGCGCAACCCAGGCCCAGAGUCAGGGCCAGGCGAGGUCAAGCCACUGACCCACACUCCAUCGCUGAAAGAUUACGAAGAGAGAGAAUUGCAGAGAGAAUGAAAGCCCUGCAGGAGCUGGUUCCCAAUGCCAACAAGACAGAUAAGGCUUCAAUGCUAGAUGAGAUCAUCGAUUAUGUAAAGUUCCUGCAGCUCCAAGUCAAGGUUCUGAGCAUGAGCAGGUUGGGUGGUGCUGGUGCUGUUGCUCCCCUUGUCACUGAGUCCUCUGAGGGAGGCGGUGACUGUAUCCAGACCAGUGCCAAUGGCGGGACCCGCGGCGGCCGGAGCGGCAACCAAACGGCGUCGUCCAACGACAGCAUGACGGUGACGGAGCACCAGGUGGCCAAGCUCAUGGAGGAGGACAUGGGCUCCGCCAUGCAGUACCUACAGGGCAAAGGUCUCUGCCUCAUGCCUAUCUCCUUGGCCACAGCUAUCUCCACCGCCACGUGUCACCCCCGGAACCCACUGAUGAAUGGCAACAGCAACAAUAACCACCCGGUCAUUACAUCCAACGGCGGAGAGGGGCCGUCGUCUCCCAGCAUGUCAGCGUUGACCGAUUACUAACCCACCACCACCACCACUCACCCAACCUAACGUGACGUGGACCCCAAGCCCCCCCCUACUGAAGUCUACGAAAAUAAGGCCCUCUUUCAUCAGGGUGCUUCUUUUUGUUGCAACGACGCCGUAUUUGCGUAGACUUUGGCUGAAAAGCUAGCUAACGACCUCUCCCAGAUCCCUAUGAAAAUUCUGUUUUUCAUGAUUUUUGGGGUUUCUUUGUCUCUGUCUUUUUAUUGCUUUUGUUUUUUUUUGUCGCUUCUUAAUGUGAGGAUGUUUAUCUUUGAUAAUCAUUAUCAUGUUACCCUAUUACGAAAUGAUUAGUCUCUAAUAAUAGUGUGGGAAUAAUUAAGGAUCCUGGUACCAUCAUCUUUGAGUACCCCCCAUUCAUGCUGCUCAGGCCUAUCUUGAUGACAUCUCUGCUGUUUCUAGAGCAAGGAGGAGCUCCUGCUCUAAUUCUUAGCAUUUUUGUUGUUUUUGUUUGGAUCUUUUAGGCCCCGAUUGUAAUCAAAAUAAAUAAAUAAUAAUAAUUAAGAAUCCAAAAGAGGGUUUGAGUUUAUCAAA